UCCAGCCUACGCUCUCGAGGGUUUGAUUUGGCUGUUCUGCAUGGCUGGAAGGACUACUUUUACCCGAGAUACUUAGAAUGCAUCAACAAGCACGGAUCUCCCUACACCAAACACCCAGACUUCGCCAUGUGCGUCCAAAACCUGCCCGACCAGUGCACCCCGAACCCUUGCGACAAGAAGGGGACCCGUGCCUGCCAGGACCUCAUGGGCAACUUCUUCUGCGAGUGCGAAGCCGGCUGGGGGGGGCGGCUCUGUGACAAAGAUGUCAACGAGUGCAGCCAGCAGAACGGGGGCUGCAGCCAGAUUUGCUACAACCGACCGGGCAGCUUCCACUGUGCCUGCUACAGCGGCUUUGAGCUCUCCCCGGACAGCAGGACCUGCCAGG